CAACAAGAUCCUCGAAGUCUCGUUUAUUGGACAGCAUACUCAAAAAAUGGAACGGCCGAAGGAUCCAUUGUUUAUGCCAAUUACGGAACGUUUGAUGAUUACGCUCAAUUAGACAGAGUUGGUGUGAGUUUGGAAGGGAAAAUUGUACUGUGUCGUUAUGGCGCUGUUUUUCGCGGUGAUAAGGUACAAAUGGCGGAGGAUCGUGGUGCCAUUGGAGUGAUCAUUUACAGUGAUCCAUUCGACUACGCGAAAGAUAAUAACGCCAAUAAGACAUUUCCAGACAGUAUCUGGUUACCUCCAUCCGGUGCACAAAGAGGAACACUGUUGAAGACAGACGGUGAUCCAGAAACACCGUUUAUUCCAUCAAAACAAUAUGUGUAUCGAACAGAACGAGAAGAUGAUCUACGCAAAAGGCAUAUUAUGCCGAAUGUUCCAGUGAUGCCAGUUGGCUACAGAGAUGCGGUCAAAAUAAUGCGCAAUUUGGAUGGACCACUGGUUCCGUGGAGCAACUGGAAAGGUGGUUUGAACGCAAGUUAUCGUCUGUUGGGCUCAAGUCGUUUUCGGUUGACCGUAAAUUCGCAAACAACUCGGCGCACGAUUACAAAUGUUAUCGCAACGAUGCGUGGUUAUGAGGAACCAGAUCGCUACGUUAUGUUCGGUAAUCACGUAGAUGCAUGGGUCCAGGGUGCGAUUGAUCCAAAUUCGGGUACAGCAACCUUACUUGAAAUGGCAAGAGUUUUGGCGGACGUUGCGAAAGAGACCAACUGGCGACCUCGACGUACCAUAAUGUUUUGUCAGUGGGAUGCAGAAGAAUUUGGUUUGAUCGGAAGCACUGAAUGGGUGGAAGAAUUGAUGAAACCCCUCCAACAAAGAGCAGUUGCUCUGAUCAAUGUUGAUAACAUCAAUGGUAAUACAAGCCUUUCGGUUAAGGCCGUUCCCCUUCUCUAUCGAGCUCUUGUUGAUGCGGCUGCCAAGUAG